AUGAACAAGGCGUUAGACCAAAUUUCCAAGUCGCCCUUCACGCUCAAGAUUGAAGGGGCAAGACUUCCUCGGCGAUUCAAUCAAUCAAUGUUCACCAUCUACAAUGGUCGAAUGGAUCCCGUGGAGCAUGUGAGCCAUUUCAACCAAAGAAUGAUCGUCCAUUCCAGGAACGAGGCCUUGAUGUGUAAGGUGUUCCCAUCCAGCCUAGGACCCAUGUCAAUGAGAUGGUUUGAUGGCCUGGGGGCAGGUUCCAUAAAUUCCUUCAAGGAGCUCACCCAAGCAUUUGGCUCUCAUUUUAUUACUUGUAGUAGGGUUCCUUGGCCCUUGGGUUUCCUACUGUCCUUAUCUAUGCGAGAAAAGGAAACCCUAAAGAUAUACUCGGACAAAUAUUGGGAGAUGUUCAAUGAGAUAGAUGGUGAUUUUGAUGACGUGACUAUCAGUACUUAUAAGGUCGGCCUCCCAACCGAGCACAGUUUUAGUAAGUCUUUGACGAGAAAGCCUAUCACUAGUGUGCGCCAACUCAUGGACAGAAUUGACAAGUAUAAAAGGGUUGAGGAAGACCAGCAGUAG